AUGUCCAGCCUUCUAUGGAUUUGUAUUAAGAUCAUUUGUUUUUAUUCAAUUUUUAGGCUUUGUUCUUUCAAUUUUAAAGCUCAUUCUUUUGUUAAUCUUUCUGCUCACAAUUCCCAUAAGGUCGGCUCUUUUGUUUUAUAUGGCAAUUUGCGCACCUGCAAAAAGCUGAAGCGUACUCACUCUGGUCGCAGGGCUCUUUUGCGUGCUCUGACUACUCAGGUUCUUCGCCAUGGUCGCAUCGUCACCACCUUCAACAAGGCUCGUCAGGCCAAGCCUCGCGUUGAGAGGAUCAUCAAGUACGCCAAGAAGUCCAACAAGCGUCACGCCAGGAUUUUAAUUAACAGUUACUUGUAUGACAGGCGACUCACUGAGAACGUUUUGAGGCUUGCUCCUGAGCGUUUCAGGGAGCGUCAUGGUGGCUACUGUCGCAUCAAGCGCCUCAACUUUUGCAAUAUUGGCGACAAUUCUAACCGUGCCAUUUUAGAACUUUUAGAGUAUUAG